ACCGCUGCUGCGGAGAAGCUGCUUCCCUUCCUCGACUCCCGGCGGCGGCGGCGGCGGCGGUAGCGCGGAGCGGGUGGAGGGUGCGCGGGGGCCCGGGGCGCGCGGACGGCGGCCCGAGCGCGAGCCGUAUGCGUGCAUGGAUCCCAGCGCCGCGCUGCACCGGCGGCCCGCGGGCGGCAGUCUGGGCGCGGUCUCCCCGGCGCUGUCGGGCGGCCAGGCCCGCCGGAGGAAGCAGCCCCCCAGGCCGGCCGACUUCAAGCUGCAGGUCAUCAUCAUCGGCUCCCGCGGCGUGGGCAAGACCAGCCUGAUGGAGCGCUUCACCGACGACACGUUCUGCGAGGCCUGCAAGUCCACCGUGGGUGUUGACUUUAAAAUCAAGACUGUAGAACUAAGAGGGAAGAAAAUUAGAUUACAGAUCUGGGACACAGCAGGGCAGGAGCGAUUUAACAGCAUUACCUCAGCCUAUUACAGAAGUGCCAAGGGGAUCAUACUCGUAUAUGACAUCACCAAGAAGGAGACGUUCGAUGACUUGCCAAAGUGGAUGAAGAUGAUCGAUAAGUAUGCUUCAGAAGACGCCGAGCUCCUCCUGGUUGGAAAUAAGCUGGACUGUGAGACAGACAGAGAAAUCUCAAGGCAGCAAGGAGAAAAGUUUGCACAGCAGAUAACCGGGAUGCGCUUCUGCGAAGCCAGUGCCAAGGACAAUUUCAAUGUGGAUGAGAUCUUUCUGAAACUUGUUGAUGAUAUUCUGAAAAAGAUGCCUCUUGAUGUUUUGAGAAACGAGUUAUCCAAUAGCAUCCUUUCUCUACAACCAGAGCCUGAGAUCCCACCAGAGCUGCCUCCUCCCAGACCACACGUCCGAUGCUGUUGAUUUGCUACUUUGGAGAUGGUGCAAGCGAUUCCUAGAAGGGGGAAACGUUCUGUUCUGCACUACAAUCACGUGACAAUUUCCUUUCGCACUUUGUAACCCAAGUCAGCUAUACACUAACUUGUAAAUAUGCAAAUAUGCAAUCCUGGGUAAGGUCAGGUUAUAUAAGUUACAUACUUCCCUUCAAAUUAUAUUUCCUCAUUACCCCAGUGUCUAGUGUAGCACACUGGGAGGCGUAGUACUUCUAAUACGAAGACUGGGAGAGGAGAAAGAUGUAAUAUUUCCUGAGUACUAUAAAUGUCCUUGUUAAUUACACUACAAGGCAGACGCUCCGAUGAGAAGAGAGGACCUGGUGCUUCGCUUGCUGUUUCAACGAAAAUCUACAAAACUGAAGUUUUUUGAAAAGGAAGACAUGACAGCCACCUUUUCUUUAUUUAUGGGCUUUCCCCACAUGGCACCUCAAGGUUUGGAAUGUCUCUGCCCCAAAGCAGAGCUCCCUCACGGCUACAGUGAGAGCACACAUGGGCCAUGUAAUGAGAGGGUUCCUGGAUAGGGGACUGGACUUGGUCCCGAGGCUGCAGAACUCUGGGUGUUUCCCGUUGGCUGUGACCUGCUUUUAAGAAUGAAAAGGUCCAAUAGAGAAAGAACGGAAGGGCUGGGAUUGCAGCUCAGCAUUUGAGCAUCUGUCCAGCGUCCGUGAGGCUCUGGCUUCAAUCCCCGUCAUCGCAAGGAAA